AUGCAGGCUCCAGUAUUGGUGAUGAACACCGGGGCCGGUGAGAGGCAGACCGGACGGCGAGCGCAGAUGUCGAACAUUGCGGCGGCCAAGACUGUUGCCGACAUUAUUCGAUCGUGCCUCGGACCCAAGGCUAUGUUGAAGAUGCUCCUCGACCCCAUGGGAGGCAUCGUGCUCACCAACGACGGGCAUGCCAUCCUUCGAGAGAUCGAGGUCUCCCACCCCGCUGCCAAGAGUAUGAUCGAGCUUAGCAGGACGCAAGACGAGGAGGUCGGAGAUGGCACCACCACUGUCAUUAUCCUGGCUGGUGAGAUUCUGGCGCAAGCCCUCCCUCAGCUAGAGCGAAACAUCCACCCGGUCGUCAUCAUCUCCGCCUUCAAGCGGGCACUGAAGGACGCUCUCGAGAUCAUCGAAGAGAUUUCCCUCCCUAUCGAUAUUGACGACGACAAGGCCAUGUACGGCCUGAUCAACUCCUCUAUCGGCACAAAGUUCGUCUCGAGAUGGUCGGAGCUCAUGUGCAGCCUGGCUCUCCAGGCGGUGAGGACAGUGACGUGGGAGGUCGGUAACGGCAAGACCGAGGUCGACAUCAAGCGGUAUGCGCGUGUGGAGAAGGUGCCCGGCGGCGAGAUUGAGGACAGCAGGGUCCUGGACGGAGUCAUGCUCAACAAGGACAUCACACACCCCAAGAUGCGCAGGAGGAUUGAGAACCCCAGGAUCGUCCUUCUGGAUUGCCCGCUGGAGUACAAGAAGGGUGAAUCACAGACCAACAUUGAGAUCACCAAGGAGGAGGACUGGAACCGGAUUCUGCAGAUUGAGGAGGAGCAGGUCAAGGCGAUGUGCGAGGCCAUCCUGGCACUGAACCCUGAUCUUGUCAUCACGGAGAAGGGUGUUUCAGAUCUUGCUCAACAUUACUUCAUGAAGGCCAACGUGACCGCUCUCCGCCGUGUGCGAAAGACCGACAACAACAGGAUAGCCAGAGCUACUGGUGCCACGAUUGUCAACCGGGUCGAGGAUCUCCAGGAGUCCGAUGUUGGUACGAAAUGCGGCCUGUUCGAGAUCGAGAAGAUUGGAGACGAGUACUUCACUUUCCUUACCAAGUGCAAGACGCCCAAGGCCUGCACUGUUCUCCUGAGGGGCCCUUCCAAGGACGUCCUCAACGAGAUUGAGCGCAACCUGCAGGACGCCAUGGGUGUCGCGCGCAACGUCAUGUUCCACCCCAGACUGUCGCCCGGUGGCGGAGCUACGGAGAUGGCGGUAUCCGUUAGGCUCAACCAGCUGGCCAAGAGCAUCGAGGGCGUACAGCAAUGGCCGUACAAGGCUGUCGCUGAUGCGCUCGAGGUCAUCCCCCGGACACUCAUCCAGAACGCUGGCGCCAGCCCUGUGCGCGUGUUGACUGACCUGCGCGCCAAGCACGCCGAGGGCAAGAGCUCCUGGGGUAUCAACGGCGAUUCUGGCACGCUGGCCGACAUGAAGGAGUAUGGCGUAUGGGAGCCUGAGGCGAUCAAGGUGCAGAGCAUGAAGACGGCAAUUGAGGCGGCAUGCCUUCUUCUCAGAGUCGAUGACAUUUGCAGCGCCAAGAAGGCGCAACCCGGUGUUGGCACCGGUGUUGGUGGAGGCGAAGAGUAA